AUGUGUGAGCGCAGUCUUUACAGAGCGGGCUAUGUGGGCUCGCUUCUGAAUCUGCAGUCUCCUGACUCUUUCUACUUCUCCAACCUGAGGCCGAAUGGCGGCCAGUUGGCCGCACUUCCCUCGAUCUCGUACCCACGCACUGCGCUGCCCUGGGCCGCCACGCCCGCCUCGUGCGCCCCAGCGCAGCCUGCCGGCGCUACUGCUUUCGGCGGCUUCUCGCAGUCCUACCUGGCAGGCUCCGGGCCUCUUAGUCUGCAGCCCCCGAGCAACAAAGAAGGACCCGAAGAGCAGGCCAAGUUCUAUACACCGGAAGCGGCCGCUGGGCCAGAGGACCGCGGCCGUACGCGGCCGCCCUUCGCCCCAGAGUCUAGCCUGGCGCCUGCAGCGGCUGCUCUCAAAGCGGCCAAGUACGACUACGCGGGUGUGGGUCGUGCAGCGCCAGGCUCCGCGACCCUGCUUCAGGGGGCCUCCUGCGCCGUCGGCUUCAAGGACGACACCAAGGGCCCGCUCAACUUGAACAUGACAGUGCAGGCGGCAGGCGUCGCCUCUUGCCUGCGACCUUCGCUGCCCGACGGCCUACCGUGGGGGGCCGCCCCUGGGAGGGCCCGCAAGAAGCGGAAACCCUACACGAAGCAGCAGAUUGCUGAGUUGGAGAACGAAUUCCUCGUCAACGAAUUCAUCAACCGGCAGAAGCGCAAGGAAUUAUCCAACAGGCUGAACCUCAGCGACCAGCAGGUCAAAAUCUGGUUUCAGAACCGGCGUAUGAAGAAGAAGCGCGUGGUACUGCGCGAGCAGGCGCUGGCGCUCUAUUAG